AUGACUAGUAAGGAUGACGUCACAGAUAUCUACAACUACUUUCCUGUGACGAACAGACCCUCCUUCUGUGAGAUUGCAGGUGAUUUUCGCGCGCUCUACAUCCGGAGCAAUAACAGAAACAGCUGGUACUACACCCGCCAACAAAUGGAUAACAGCCCUUCUCGACGAACCGGAAUUUAUCCAGACAAGGAGCUGUCCCACAGACAACAAGCGGCGAAACUGAUCCAGGACAUGGGACAGCAGCUCAAUAUGUCCCAACUUGCAAUCAAUACAGCCAUUGUGUACAUGCAUCGAUUCUACAUGAUCCAGUCUUUCACCAGAUUUCACAGGAAUGUUGUGGCUCCCGCCACUCUCUUCCUUGCUGCAAAGGUGGAGGAGCAGCCCCGGAGACUGGAACAUGUUAUCAGAGUGUCCCAUGCGUGUCUCAAUCCUCAGGCCUACCUACCUCAAGUAGGAGACCUGGUCAGUCUUGAGAACAUAAUACUCAAAACCCUGGGUUUUGAAAUUGCCAUUGAACAUCCCCAUAGUCAUGUUAUCAAGUGCACUCAGCUUGUCAGAGUGAGUACAGAGUUGGCCCAGGAUGCAUACCUUAUGGCCACACACAGUCUCCUCUUAACCACAUUCUGUCUACAAUACAGUCCAUCAGUUGUGGCCUGUGCUUGUAUCCACCUCGCCUCCAAAAGGGUCAACUGUGGGAUUCCUGUUUCCACCAAUGGCAAACCAUGGUGGGAGAAUAUAGAUCCCACAGUCACUCUGGAACUGCUGGAUGAGACCCCAGAACAGAGCAGAACAUGUCAAGAUGCCUGCAUCAACUGAAAGCCGAAUGGCCACACACACAGCAAGGUUUGGUUUACCUACACAUGCUGCCAAUCCAUCUCCAGGUCUGGUGGCUAAAUAUUAAGCUGCUGUAACUAUUGACCAGCUGAAGAGAGCAGAGAGGUUCAGCAUGAACAGGACGUCCAUUUCACAAAAGCAGAGACCCCGGAACAGAGCAGAACAUGUCAAGAUGCCUGCAUCAACUGAAAGCAGAAAGGCCACACACAAGAGAGCAGAGCCAUUCAGCAUGAACAGGACGUCCAUUUCACAAAAGGUGGAAGAGGAUGGAAGGCUGAAAAAAAGAAAGGAGAGGUGUUGGAUCUCAACAAGCGCAAGUUCAGCUGGCAAAUAUGAUGUAGAGAUGACUUAACUGUUUACAUUGCAGCAAUGGGAUUUUGAACGUUUGGGAAUGCAGAAAGGUGGCAUUUAUAUUCAUGAAAAUAUUUUCUCUUUCUUUCUCUGCAGGCAAAGAAAAUGAGGCAUGAUUAAUGUUUUGGAAAAAUGUAAAUCAUUUCUUGGAGUUUGUUUUAAAAAAAAAAAAAAAAAAUGUUCAAAAUGGUAUUUAUUAUGUUAUGGUUUUGUACACUGCCUCAAAUGACAGUUACCUGUACAUUUUGUAAAAUGAUUGUGCUUUAAAAUAAAUAUAUUUUGCCUUUA